CGUCCCUUGCAGAUGACUGCACAUAUGACAGCCAACCUGAAAGUUGCAGGUUCGAGUUCCACCACUCCCUAGCUUUCCGUCAAGUGCAAACUGUCAACUUUUUUCGGCGGACACUUCUCCCAAGAAGCGCAAUGUACUGAAAAAAAAAAAAGUGGGGGGAACGGCCAGGUCGGUCUUCUCGUGGAUAGCUCAGCGAAACGCUGCACCGCACUGCAGGCGACCCGCAAGUUACCUGCAGGCAGCCGUUAUGCAGUCAACAUUUAAACGCAUUGUGCUGCUUAGACACCCCCAACGCAAGACAUACACGUCUAAUUACGCCGUCCACGAGCGGCGUCGUGGCGGCGGUCAUCAACUUAGUACAUUUAGUACAUUAGUACACAAGGAGCUCCUUCUUCUUCUUCUUCUUCUCCCCAGGAAGAUGGCCGCGAUCCGCAAGGGAGAUUGGCCAGGGCUAAUUCAGUAUGAUAUGAGUAUGAGUAUGGUAUGAGUAUGAUAUGAGUAUGAGCUCCUGUUUUGUCAGCACGAUGGCUUUGGUCAUCUUCAUCUUCGCGCCAGCAGCAGUUCACGUGCAGAGUGCACAGUUCCCGCGUGAGGCAUUUGGAAGCUUUCGGCCGAUAUGGCUUCGAAUGAACUUUGCGUCCAAAGGUCCUAGUGCCUCGCGGAAAAAAAAAGAGAAAAAGAAAGAGAGAAUGGCAACGCAGGAGGAAUCGGGGAGAGCCCGGGUGGAGAUCGUUGUGGAGGACCAAUCAUUCGUGGUGGACCGGCGUUUGCUCGCUAUGUGCAGCCCGUUCUUCAGGCGCACUUUGGAAGAUGAAGGAAACAAGAAUUUGAGAAAGCUUAAAUUGUCUGGAGUGUCUGCGGCAACAUUCAGCACUCUACUUGACUACAUGCUCACCGGCAAACUAAAUGUGACGCGGGAAAACGUUUCGGACGUAUUUAAUGCUGCGUUUCGACUCAACAUGCCAGAUGUCGUGAAUAAAUGCAUCGAGCUGCAAAGUGAAGCGACACCAUUGGGGCAGCAAGUGCUCAUGUACACGGCUGCGCGGAGAAUGAACCGGGCAGACGAAGAACAGCGCGCGUACGACUUCUUGACGGCAAAUUUUAUUUCAGUCGCCAAUACGAAAGAAUUCCUUGAACUGGAUGCUCAAGACGUUAUUCAUCUGAUGUCAGCGCAGACCAUCGGCUGUCACAGCGAGGUUGAAGUUUUUGAAGCCGGGAUGCGGUGGGUGAACCAUAAUUCCGAGGAGCGUGACAAGCUCGCCACCAACAUCAUGGCUUCGGUUCGCUUCAACCACAUGAACCUGAGCGACCUACAUCACUGUCUGGAGUACCCUGGUGUACCCCACGUUGUCCGACAGCAGAUCAUCCAUGUCAUAAGAACGUGGCUCAACACGGAGAGUGGAACUAUUGAUACUGAAACCGAAAGCAAAACGUCGCGACGCUUCACGCCCUUGAACAACCAGUCUAGUGUGUCACUUACGGCCGAUUUCGAAGGGGUUCAUUCUGCUUCCAGUAACGCUCAACCACAAUCUGCAGACGUAGGAAGCACGUACACAUCUGACAGGUUUGUCCUGAGUAAACCGCUUCUUAGGAGGGGGAAUCAGGAUCGUCAUAACAGAGACGUCCUUGUGAGUAGUAUAAACUUUGGGGCAAGUCAGGGAGAUAAGGAUACGUUAUCGAAGACUGGCUCGUACAUGGACACAUUUCCAUCGAGGGGUAUUUAUGAUGACUCCUCGUUCCGACGAAACCCAUCAUCUGAAGUUCAGGGAGCUUCAAGUAUAAUAUACUCUGAAAACAGUUCAGGCUCUGUGGUUGAAGAGGAGACGCAUCACAGGCGAGUGGUUCAGACCACAACUGAAGAAGUGAGAACCAUACGGAGGAUAAGAAGGUCACGACUGGACACAGAACCUCAAACACUCGUGGAAGAGACCUUGUGGUUCAGAAGAGGAGGGGAUGACAUGAUCAAACCCCCAAAACCUGUAAACAUCAAUAUCCGUGAGAGCGAGUCCAUUCGAGUGUCCCCUACGUCGACGGAACCUGAAAAGAUGAUUCAAAGAUAUGAAAAUAUCGUGCGAGGGGUUGAGAUGCAGACGCCUCUUGUGGAGAGGAACGAAAGGAUUCUAAGUGCCAGCUUUGCGUCUUCGCUGUUUUCCGUUGGGGAAUUCCCGCAUGCUGACCACAUCAGUAUGAUUUCCCCUGCUUCGUCGCUGCCUGGGGACACAGCAUCACUCUCAUCGGUCUUGACAGCCAAACCAUCAAUAAUAUCGAUAGGAGAAACUCGAAAGAUAUCAGAAGAGGAAGAACUGUACAGUCAUCAUAAAAUAUAUACUUCUUCAGUGUCCGUGUAUGGUGCACCUCAGGGAGCACGUUCAAUGGCAGAGUCUGGACUUGAACAGCAAGACAAAACAAAAGUGCCCUCGUCAGAAUCCGAAAAAUCAUUUCUACCGGCCUUCUGGCUGGAAACCACAGAUUUAUCCGCUUAUAAGACAGGUAGCUCUGAAAUUAAAUCUUUCCCAAAUAUAAAACUGGAUGAAGUUGAAGUACCACCCGGUGGUGCUACGAAAAAGUAUACCCUAGCAUCCGAAACCUCUGAGUUUUCAACUGAUGUGUGCCCGGCACCGCACCGGUUACCGGUAACAAGAGAAACAGAGGCUACAGAAGGUACGUUUGAAACAGCGCUUGCAGCGUCAACUGAAACAGAACGUUCGAAGACAACGGAAGAUUGGGCAGUGCAAGAGUGGGUGCCAUCUCCUCCCCCUGAGGAAAUUCACAGUUCUCUAAUUGAAGAAGUGGUGACGCCAUCUCCUCCUCGUGAAGACCGGCGUAUCGCAGCAACUGAAGACAUUGUAUCAUCUCCUCCUGAAAGUGUCCAGAGCGCUGUAAUUAAAGGGGCGGUCCCCUCUCCACCACCUGAGGAAGUUCGGAGCGCUGCAAUGGAAGAAGUAAUACCAUAUCCCCCACCUGAACACGAGAAGAGUGCUGCGAUUGAAGAGAGGGUGCCAUCACCACCGCCUGAAGUUAUACAGAGUGUAGCAAUGAAAGAAGUGGUGCCAUCUCCUCCUCCUGAAAGUGUCCAGGGCGCUGCAAUCGAAGAAAUAAUACCACAUCCUCCACCUGAACAUGAGAAGAGCACUGCAAUUGAAGAGAUGGUGCCAUCACCACCACCUGAAGUUGUACAGAGUGUUGCAAUGGAAGAGGUGGUGCCAUCUCCUCCUCCUGAAGGUAUCCAGAGCGCUGCAAUUGAAGAAAUGAUGCCAUCACCACCUCCUGAAGUUGUACAGAGCGUUGCAAUGCAUGAGGUGGUGCCCUCUCCUCCUCCUGAAAGCUUCCAGAGCGUUGCAAUUGAAAAGGUAGUACCACCUCUACCCAGCGAAGUCAAGAGCGCUACAACUGAAGAGCUGGUGCCAUGUCCUCCUCCUGAAGAUCUCCAGAUCGCUGUGAUCGAAGAGGAGGAGGUGGUGCCAUGUCCUCCUCCUGAAGACCUCCAGAUCGCUGUGGUGGAAGAGGAGGUGGUGCCAUGUCCUCCUCCUGAAGAUCUCCAGAUCGCUGUGAUCGAAGACGAGGUGGUGCCAUGUCCUCCUCCUGAGGAUGAACAGAUCUCUGCGAUCGAAGAGGAGGUGGUGCAAAGUCCACCUCCUGAAGAUCUUCAGGUCGCUGCAAUCGAAGAGAUCGUGCCUUCUCCUCCUGAAGAGGUAGUCCCAUCUCCUCCUCCUGAAAAUCUCCAGAUCGCUGUGAUUGAAGAGGUGGUGCCAUCCCCUCCUCCUGAAGUUCUUCAAAUCACUGCAAUUGAAAACGUCGUUCCAUCUCCCCCACCUCAAGAUAUUCAAAGCGGUGCAGUUGAAGAGCUGGUACCAUCUCCCCCUCCUGAAACUGUGCAGAGCGCUACAGUUGAAGAGGUAAUUCCAUCUCCUGUACCUGAGGAUGUCAAGAGCGCUGCGAUUGAAGAGGUGGUGCCAUCUGCUCCUCAUAAAGACCUGCAGGUCGCUGCAAUCGAAGAUAUGGUGCCAUCUCCUCCUCUUGAAUAUGUCCAGAGCACUGUUAUUCAAAAGGGUGCAGAAUCUCCACUUCCUGAGGUCCCCAGUCCUGCCCUUGGGGCGUCCGUGAAGUCUGCUCCCGAUACAGAUAUCCAGAACACUGCCGUUCAGGAAUGGGUAGCAUCUCCACCUCCCGAGGAGAUUCCGAACACUGCUAUUCAAGGGUGGGCAGAAUCUCUACCUCCAAUGGAGAUGCCGAGCUCUGCUAUUCAAGAGUGGUCUGAAUCUCCACCCCCCACGGAGGUUCCAAGCUCUACCAUUGAGGCGAUUGUGAAGACACCUCCUGAUGAGGAUGUCCAGAGCACUGCUGUUGAGGAGUGGGUAGCGUCUCCACCUCCGGAGGAAAUUUCGAGCCCUGCCGUUGAGACGCCUGUGACACCUCCAACUGGAGAUCUCCAGAGCACUGCUAUGCAAGAGUGGACAGAAUCUCCACCUCCCGAUGAGAUCCGAAGCCCACCUAUUAAGGCACCUGUGAAGUUCCCUCCUGAUGCAGGCAUCCAAAGCACUGCUAUUCAAGAGUGGGUAGCAUCGCCACCUCCGGAGGAGAUCCCGGUCCCAGCCGUUGAGGCGCCUGUGAAAACACCUCCAACUGAAGAUCUCCAGAGCACUGCCGUUCUAGAGUGGACAGAAUCGCCACUUCCCGAGGAGAUCCAGAGCUCUGUGGUCGAGGCGCCUGUGACGUCACUUCUUGGUACAGACAUCCAAGGUACUGUUAUUCAAGAGUGGGUAGCAUCGCCGCCUCCCGCGGAGAUCCCGAGCCCUGCCGUCAGGGCGCCUGCUAAGACACCUCCAACAGAAGAACUUGAACAUGCAAUCUUAGAGUGGAAGGAACCUCCACUUCCCGAGGAGAUCCCCAGCUCUGCCGAUGAGUCGUCUGUGAAGAAAUCUACAACCGAAGAUAUCCAAAGUACUGCUAUUCAAGAGUGGGUAGCAUCUCCACCUCCCGAGGAGAUCACGAGCCCCGCCGUUGAGGCGUCUGUGAAGCCACCUCAAACUGAAGAUCUUCAAAACACUGCUAUUCUGGAGUGGACAGAAUCACCGCCUCUUCAGGAGAUCCCCAGCUCUGUUAUUCAAGAGUGGACAGCAUCUCAGCCUUCCGAAGAGAUCCCAAGCUCUGCCGGAGAGGCGUCACAUCCUAGUGAAUAUCUCAAAAGCACUUCUACUCAAGGGUGGCCGGCAUCCCCACCUCCGUUUAUAUCUGUAGGCGAGAUCUCUUCGGGAGUUAGCCGUACAUACGAGUCGGCUCUUGAUGGCUUGGUCGAAGAGUUUCGAACAAUAAAUGAAGCACUCGUACAAGCAGGAAGCAUGGAUACCAUGGUUGCUGAGGCCAUGAUGCCUCGAAAAGGCGAACGAAUCACAUCUGUUUAUAGCUCAGAUGCUGAGAUGCCGUCUGGAACAUCCAUGGUACAUACUCUCAGUUCUCCCCUGGCUGCUGGAACUGAGGAUGAAUGGAUUUUACCCCAGGAACUCCCAGUAGAAUGGAGUCCACUUGUUGUUUUUCCCGACGUUCUAGAAAUGGCAGCAAGAGUCACCUCGGCAACUGAAGGCACAAAAGGCAUAGUAGAAGUAACCUCUUCUCGAGAACUUGCCGGUGAAUGGAGUCAAAUUGCAGCUAAACCCGACGAACGGAUUUCAGUGCGUAAAAAGGAAGCACCUUUUGCACCGAGCGCUGAGGAAGAUGCUGUUUUGUCCUCAAAACUACCGGAUGAACGGGUUACUCUGGGAGCUUUUCCAGACGACCGCACGCAGCCGCACGAAGUUUCUGAAAUCAAAGGAACGGGCACGACGGAGCCCGAAUAUCCUUCAAAAGAACCUCCAUCCUUUCAGCAGAUACACGACGUUCCUCGUAGAGGAAAAUAUAUCUUGCAAAAAACAAAGAUAACCGCUACCACUGCUACGCACUCCGUAGAACUGGUGGAAGAAAACGUGACUCCUGCCAGCUUGCAGACAUCAGAAGAGGCUGACCGCCAUGCAUGCAGACAUGCUGAAAGCGCGAACAUUUGCGCAUGUCACAACGCCCUCGGCAAAGAGAGCGACAGAAAAACGCCGCAUCCCUGCCAAGAAUCCCCAGGAGUGUGCAGAGCGGAUAAAUUGAACCACGGGAAAUUCGCCGAAAAAGGCGGUGUUUCAAUACCUCCUAGCCUGCUACGAACGCGCAUCUUCGCAGGAGGCCUGUCCCACUCUGUUGAGCUUGUAAGUGAAAAAUCCAUCGUCACGCAAGACGACUUGGAAGCGUUACGUUGCGGUCCGUUCAUGCCAUCACUGCUGAUAUCCGAACCGCACAACGAGGAUAUUUACCUAACCAGUAUUGAAAAACGGUGCGCACAUGGGCAUACUGACGCCGAUCGCCCAGAAGGUAACCUCGACAACGAUGAGAUUCUUACCUUAGACGGGACAUCGAAAGAAGAGGUGCCCAGGGCGAUUGAAGUGAUAAUGAGGAAAAUAUCACACGUAGCGUUGCAGAAACGCCAGCUGGAAGACGAGUACAGGAAAGAGGUUUGCGAAAAACGGUUGAAGAACAUUGAGCAAAACCUGGAAAAGUUAACAAAGCGCGAAGACAGCCUGUACAGAGCACUCAAAAUGCUAGCGAACUCGAUGUCGUCGCCGACGUUUCCCACGAGAUCCGAGGAAGUAUUCAGUACAACAAAUAGAGACGACACCCAAAAAGAGUCCGAGUCAUUUUUCGGCCACAUCUCUUCAUCCGUCUUCAAGACAAAGAUGGACGCACUGUCGACGCCAGUAACCACUUUGUUACCAGGAACCAUAUAUGAAGGUACUGUUAGCUCCUCGCACGAUACCAUGCACACAAAGAUUUGUGUAGAAACGCAUUCACCAAACGGCUUGCCUGACGACAAGUCAACGCUGUCGUCGUCGGUCGCCGUUGUCGUGGAAACGACGGUUACGAAAACACCCAGUGGAGACACUGAACGGUCCCACAACAGCCGCAUCCCUGCCCACAACGAAAGGGGUACAAUUGAAAAUCCCACACUGGAUGAAUCAUUGAAGAUCCCACCAAAAGAUCGAAAGAGCGUGUCGGAACCCAGCCUGUCUAGCUCAAGACCAACUACAGAGCAACCUGUGGAAGCAAGCAGGAAUGAAGCAGAUCGGACAAGGGCCUCAGGACAACAAGCAGAGACUUUCCGGUUGAUGUUUAAUACUGCGCAGCCCUCUCAGCAGUCAACGAGCAACACAAAUGUUGCCGACACGAUAUUCAUCUCCGACACUGCAACUGCGUCGCACGUCAAACCAACCGCUCCGCCGCAGGCUACGCGAAGCAUGGGCGCAGCUACGGCGUUGCCUCCUAAGCAAGACUCGUCGCAGCAGUUGCUGAAAGUUGUUAGGAGAACGAUUGUGCAGGAAACCGUCACAACUACCACUAUAGAAAAAAAAGUGAGCACGAAAACUGUCUUAAACGAACGCACGGGAGUGCAGGAAGUGGACUCUCAUGUGGAAAUCACAACGAAAGAAGAGGUUCACGAUAAUAGACAAGAAGAUAUUGUCGAGUCUUACGAUUCCCAAAUACUUCAUUCUUCUCCUUCUGGAGUCACUGGCGAUGGGGCCAUCGACAAGGGUAUUAAAUCCACGAUGCGUAGCGCGACCACAGACAUGACGAGUGCACCACCAGAGCACCAACCACCUACUAAAGGACCGCACGCGGUUCGGUCUACUGACGACCAUUUCGCGGGAAGUCGCAGUGAUACAACCCUUGAAGGCCAUCCUGAUCACCAUUCUAUCCUAAAGUCGUCUCGAAAAGAGGAACCUGAUCACGAAAAAAGCAAAAAGCUGGAGUUUGGUAAAUCCGACGAGGUUUUUGUGGAACCCGUUGCGGUGACGGAGGCAGAGCACGAGGGAGAAGAGGAAGUUGAGGACGAGGAAGAGUUCGAAGAGCAAGCGAGUCUAUUUGCUAAGCUAGGCAGAAAAGAUUCCAUCGCCGUCUCUAAAAUUCGGUUGAUGAAACCGGAUAUUAAUACGGAGGUGGAGGAAGAGGGUGCAGACAGCAAGACGAACGAAGGUGAAGACAAGAAAGACGGUAAUUUUUUAGGGGAUAGUAACGGAGGGGAAGGUAAAGGAGGUACGGGACAAACUGCGGAGGAAUCGCCAGACGCAACCCAAGUGACUGGCGACACUUCCGCAGAAGUCUUUCGACAAGAAGUCUCCGACACAGAAAAGACGCCAUUGCUGCUGGAUAUUCAACCAGAGAUUUCGGAUUUUAACACUACAAGUGACACCGUCGAUUUUCGAGUAAAAACUUCAGAGCUGAAAGGUCCCCCGAAUGGACCCUCCAGCAAGGUCAUUAAAGAGGUCAGAAACCGCGAAAAUUCUGUCACGAUGGCCGAAACGCAAGAAGUUUUCUACUACACGAAGGAGAAGAUAACCAAAAAACGCAUAUCGGAAACCAAGGUACUGCGCGAAGUUCGCUCAUACAUCGAAAUCGUAGUUGAACGAAAUACCAGUGAUGUGUCGCUGAAACCCAAGAUGCCGGCAAUAAGUGAAGAGGUAGAGCCUUUAAAGUAUAAACCCGUAGGUGGUAGCGGCUGUGUUGAAGCUAUUCCGGAGCAAACUGCACCGGAAGGGCCAGUUGAGGUGAAGGACACGAAUAAACAACUGCCAUGCAGUGUGAGCACCGUGUCUGCAGAUACCCGUGAAACUGAAGGCUUUAGAGGAGCGAGCAGUGGUGUGCUGCAGUGCAGUCAGGCAAAGUCCUUGAUGGUUAAGCAGCCAUUGGAUAAUGAAGAAAAAUCGGUUCCCAAACAUCAGAAGAUAUCGUACGAAACGUCGACUUCUACACAGUUAGAACCACCACCGGCACAAAUGCCUUGUUCAGACGGUGCUGCCCAGUCAUCAUGUCUCAACAAAAUGCAGUCAAAUGAGUUGAGUGCGUCUAAGCCUACUUUCGAAGAGAAAGCUCCCGAGGUCUUCCAGGACAUCUGUGUUACGGAUGAAGAAAGGCACAUGUACAGUACAGAGCAGAGUGAUCAUGAGAUACAUGAAAGGAGUGCUGAACUGGAAGAUAAAACCGCGUGUAGCAUCGGUGGUGCUGGGUCCCUCAAUGUGGCUGGCCCUGAGAUCACCAAGAAUUCUUCGAUGAUUCCAGAGCUGGGUAGAAGCGUACGCGAGCAUUUAUGCGAACGUCAGACCAACUCUGUCCAGUGUCAAGUGGGAAAAUACUCUUUGGAGCGCUCUAACACAGGGCGAACAGAUGACUCUGAGGGAGCUGACUGCGACAUGCACGUGCAACCAUUUCAGCUGGAAGAAUCGACGGUUCCGUGCGAUACCACAGUACAUAGUGGCACAGAACCGUCAACCGUGACAGUGGCUACUGAAAUAUGUUCCUGGAACACAGAAAGCACGUCACUCGUCCUAGACCAGAUCCCUAGCAGUUUGCUGGCAGGAGUGGAUCACACCAGUACGCAGCCGCAAAUGUCGGAUUCAUACAAAAGCUUUUCACCGACGACAACCUAUUACUCAUUUGUAAGCAGCCAAGCCGACGCAAAUGUCGCAGCAACCGCACAAUCCACACGCGAGGCAAAGUUUGAAGACUCGAUUUACGUAUCUGCAGGUACGAUUCUUCCCUUGGAAACCGGGGAACUUUUGCCGUUAUUGAAAAGUUCAGAAUGUACGCAAGCUAUAAUGGAGCGCAUCGCACAGUGCGAGAUCGUGUCUCGAGAGAAUGCGCUCCAAGAAAGGUCCGGUUCGUUUCAACCACGUUGCGUUGACGCAUUAGAACGAGAAGUCUACCAAGGCAAGCCCCAUGCCUCACCUAUACUGCGCCGCUUUGCAUCAAAUUGCGAAGUCGCGGUGCAUGAAAAUGUGAUAUGCUGGACGGCGAACGGAAUGGCGGUGAGUCCCCUCGCUCUAGAAGUUGUGACUGAGCGUGCGGUUAUGGAAAAAGAAAAUGGGGAACUGAAGGACGUGCUCCAGCUGUAUCCUUCUACACCAGCAGCUGUUCAAAUCCAUCAUGCCCCAGUCGCAGUAUACGGAGCCCCUUCUGAAUGCGCUCGUAGAGAAGUGGUCGAAUCGUGCUCACAAGGGUUUAACUCCUGUGUUGUAGAAGGGGUGGGAAGACAGGUAACCGAAGAACCUCACGAUCCUUUAACGUCCAUACACGAAGACAUACCAACGCUUAUAUGCAAGGGCACGACGCAUGGACUUUCAGUGGUUUAUGUAAAUAGCCCACUGACUUUGACUGAACAACUUAAACGCGACGAAUACGUGAGCGACAUCAAUAAAGGGCACGAAAAGGCAACACAGAAACUUAAGGAGAUUGAGACGAAUACAUCUAAUGAAGAUAUGCAGCUCGUAUUAACGGUAGUUCAAUGCACUGUUGAACCUGGUUCGUGCAGUGAAACUCCUGAGAUGUCCAGCCACAGGAAAAAGGCGGGGCACGACAAAUUUGUAGACUCGAACAAUAAUAUGAUUUUAGUCGCACGUUGCACUUCGAGAGACCAGGGUACGGAUUGCCAACUUGAUGAAAGAAGUUGUGGCAACCCACAACUACCUCCUAGAAACGAAAUCUGUUCCGGUAUGAAAAGUGCUCUAGCAGAGAAAUCCGCUGCCUGUGCUGAAAUGUGUGAUCAGACCGCAGAAGCGGAGCAGUCUCCCAUUGACUUGAAUACCUUAUUGGAAAUACGAAGGGAAGCAACAGAUAUUGCGGAGUCUGGCACAAAACUGCCGUUAUGCAGGGAGCCACAACAAGAGGCAUGUCUUUUCCAAAUCCCUCCAGCAAACGACAUUCAUGCUAACCCUAAAACGGAAGAAACUAGUUAUCAGAAAAAUAUCUCACAAAUAGGAGAAGCUGCAUUUUUGAGUGAACAUGACGUAGAAGCUGGACAAAGUUUGGAACGGUCCGUGGUCGUUAGCCCUUCGGGGUUUGUUGAACUGGUUCCGUUACCAGGAGGCAUUGCCGAAUAUCAACCUAGAGAAUGGAAAGGAGAGGUUCAGGUUUCAAAUCAACACGACGCUCUCGAAUGCGUGACAGAACCUUGCGUUCCUAGACCACCCGAUCCUUCAUUUAAUCAAUUAGCAACACACAGAGGAACGCCUUCCUAUAGAGAUCUCGAAGGAGUCAAUGCGGACGGCGCCUGGCCUGCUAGCGAAACACGCAACAACGAUUGUGUAAAUCUUGAAGCUGCCGAAACAGUUAGGGAAGCCAUCGGAGCAGGUUCAUCGGGUACAAUCAGAGACCCACAUAACAGUACAGUUACAGAGUUCUCGACACGAGGGACCGGUAUGCUGAUUGAGGAGGAAGACAAAACUUUACUAGAGCUGUCCGUAGAAGGCAGGAUGACUGUGCGGCCCAGAGACGUGGAGGGGUGCGUGGCAGCAAUUCCGUUUAAACCAGCAAACGAAAUAGCAUCUUCCGAAGUACGUUUGUGCUCUACGCAUCAUACAGAACGUCCUGCGGAGUUCUUAAGCACUACAGACAAACGUAGAGUACAAUACACUGUGUUGGAAAACACUCGUAGCGAUGUGCUGCCUGCCACAAACAAGUAUUGGGAUGUCGAGCCGCGAUCGCCUGACGAAGCAAUGAACGAAGUAGUAUCGGGCGUGCGACAUGCGCACCUUGAUGCCAUCAACGGUAAUGUUACUUUACCAGACGUGAGGAGUAUGGUAGUGAACUACAACGAAGAAGUGAAUAGCUUGCGCGUAAAUGUGGUGGCUGACGAUGCCACUACGGCGGCUGUGGUGGCAGCAGUAACGUCGUUUCCAAACGCGACCGAACCUCAAACAGAAGAGCGCAGCGAUGAGGCUGCGCUGACCUCUCCUGACGAAGGCCUUUCUGUGCAGGAAACGAUACUGGACGAGAAGCUAAAGUUUUGCGAAGUCGUACCUGCGGUCCUGGAUGAGAUGACGUACACACGCGUCGAAGCUCCUCAUGCGGACACGUGUGACAUUAAUCCAAAUUCUGUCCCAUUCGCUUCGUCCAAUGACGGUUCUGGCAUUCUGUGUCAACGAUCCUCAUCUGUCACUUGCGUGCUGGAGAAGCCGCAACAAAGUGAAAAACAACUGCUUCCCGCAGAGGGUCUAGUCCAUGACGAGGGCACAAAACUGCCGUGUACACGUCAGGCAUCGAUAGCUAAUAAUGAAGCUGUAAACGCAGAUCCAUCCUCAGACAUAGCAGUUCAAUGGAUUACCACUGGACAGGACGGGCUAGUGUCGUCAGCAUCUCAAGGCAUGAACGAGCACACAGACAUAGAAGCUGAAGGUGUCGCACCUGAUGUGGUGGAAGUAACUAUGAAUGAAUGUACCGGUGAAACAUCGUUAGGGAUCCCAGCAUGUGUCAUUAUGGAAAGAAGCAUCCGUGGUGUGACAUCCGCAAACGUUAUUACUUUUCUUGCAUCCGAUAUUCAUCGUCGGAAAGCAUCUCUGUUGGGUGACCGACAUAAAGAAACACGGGAACAGCUGCAAGGUACCAUAAGGGACAUCAACGAAGAAUCACUCGUGGAGAGAAUUUCUUCUGCUUUGUCAGAAAAUGCGAAUGUUGAAGGACACUUAUUUGAGUCUAUGUCAAAGAUUCUGCUGGAAUGUACAGAUAUAUCUGAAAGUCAAUCUUAUAUUAUCUACGAGGAACAUGAUGGUUCCACCCUUCCACUAAGCGAAGCUAUUGCUGGCGAAACCACCGGUGGUUUAGUAGGUGCAGAUGCCGUACUGCCUGCGCGAGAAACCCUGGACCUUUACAAGCGAGGCAUACUGGAAUCCGUGAACACCAUUUCGAGACAAGAUUACACGGAUGAGCUAUACCCAGGACUACAAUACUGGCCUGUGGAAGAAUUUGCAUGUUCACGCAAACGAUGUGGGCAAAGUCGCGAUGAAAGUACUCUCGGCGAUGGGAUGCUCGAUAAAUCGUCACUGCGGGAGGCCGACGAAGAAUUGGCAAAUGUUCCUGUCACUCCCGUGUGCGUCGACGCAGUUUCAUUGGACGGUGCGCACAUGAAAGAAAAUACAGAAUGCAGGAGCCAGAAGAAAACUUCAACGGAACAUCCACCUAAACCAAGUUUAACGAUGUAUGUUGAGAAUGGGGUAGCGACGACGAAAAGCAAGUUGUGCGCUCGAGUAACCAAAAAGCCAAACGAAAUGAAGAAACUCACUGAUUUCUCACAAGCAGCAUUGAAAGGCUCAGCUGUGCCACCUCACGUGAGUGAUACGCACGAAUCGGCUUCUGCCACUCAUGGGGCCGUCGAAGACGUCAGUGCCCCAGGAAGUGUUGAGACGAAAGAAGAACGCGACACGACUGAAGAGAAAAUGGUACAAGGUGUUAUAAACAGGGGUUCACACAAGUUUAGAGCAGUGAGGGACUCAUUCGAUCCACUUGGCGGAACAACAUUGCGUUGUUUGUCUGAUACAAACGACGACCAAUGUGUUGUAGGAAUGCCGUCUUCCUAUCAUCCACAGGGAGUUACCGACGCUGCCCAAUUUGUCAUCAGUAAGUUGCCUACUGUUGAGGCGAGUGUCGCAGGUACUUCAGAAGACGUUCAAGACUCCCCCAGACUCUCAUUGAAUCUGAGCAAGUCGUUUUACUACACUUCUGAUGAGAUUCCCCCUGUAGUAGACUGUUUCAAGCAGGGGACACAGAACACCAUAACAGACAGGUGCAUGACAGAGGUUUCAUCGGGAGUUUUCCAGGGUUACAAUAGUGUAAUCGCUGAGAUGUCUGCACAGACGCAGAAGCAAGCGUAAGACC